GUGUAUACAUUAAUAAUGUGGAGUACACAAUCAUUUAUUUCCUGACGUUCGAACUUUGAGGAAGAAGACUUGGUAAAAAAAAUCAUCUGCUCGGAUUUCUUAAAGGUUUUUAAAUACCAGUCAUCAUUGAGUAACUCAAUGAACAAUCCAGAGAGAAAGAAUUAUUUGAGAUUAUUGACAUUUUGUUUUGGGCAAACACAGGAUGUUAUACGACAGCACUUUGAACGAGUAGUUUUGGAUAAGAUUACCUUUUCGAAAUUUUUAGAGAACUACAGACAUGAACUCUUUCAUAGAUUUAUCAUUGAUACACCUUGCUGUGAGUGUACAAAUUUUAGAAAACAAUCACGACAUCAUAAACUGAGACAACGACAGUUUGAAAUACUGUACUACGUCAAAGGGAAACCACCUAAGGACCAUUUCAAAAUUCUAAAUGGUGUUGUAUUGCAACAUUGUAUAUGCAGAUAUUUACCAAAAGACAAUAUAGAUGUGUCGGUGCUAGAUAUUACACUUACAUGUUCUAUUGUUAGAGCGUGUUGUGAUUUGGAUGAAUCUCAAGUUAAAUGGCUGAACAGUGUGCGUGAAGUUCGAAACAAACUUGCUCAUACAUCAGAAGUUCCUAAAGAUCAGUUUCAAAUCCAGUGGGAUAUCCUUGAAACAGCGGUUAUUGGCUUGGCUGGAAAUGUUGGAGAGUUCUUCAAAAAAGAACAAAAGAAGCAAAUUCGGUCGAUUCAGGAAGAAUUUUCAACGGACUACUUGAAAGAUAUUCUUCGGGAGACUAACACUUUUAUGAUGACUGGCAGUCUUAAACAGACACUACUGGAACUUAUAGAUGCGGAAAAUGCGGUGUUACCAGCAAUUCAUGUAGCCGACAAAGUCAGCGCACUCAACGCGGUGACUGAAUCUGUUGGUAUCGUUCGUGGUCAGUUUAUUGAUAGUAGUUGUUGGCGUGUAGGACAGAAUUUUAUCAUGACAGUUUGGCAUGGAAUAGAGCAACAGAUAAGAGGCCAUGAUAACAAUAUGAAUGAGAAUAAAUUGAAGUAUAUGACCGUAGAAUUCUGCAACAAGAAACAGUUCAGAAUCAGGCCAUCUAUAGUUUACCAGAACAAGGAAUUGGAUACUGUUGUUCUACAGUUAGAGGCUACAAGCAGAAAUCUUCCUCCACCUCUUACCAAGUUUCACAUUGUUGAUCCAGAGAAUGACGAUGGCGCACUUCUUCAUCUAAUAGCAUACCCACUCGGUGAAAAGAAACAAAUUCAUUUUGAUGUUGAACUCUGGACUCCAACCCAUACUCGUAUACAAAGCUUAAAAGACUUUUGUGCAUCUAAAUAUAAAUUUAGUAGAAAUUAUGACAACGAUUACGACGACUUACUUCAGAAGGACAGACUUGUUGUCAAGUGCCAAUUUGAACAUGGAGCCUCGGGUUGUCCUGGGAUCAUGCUUUCUCACAACAAUAAUGAACCCCACGUUGUUCUGAUGUUUGCCAGAGGAUUUCCAAACUUCUAUUACAGAAGAAAAUUUUCACGGGAAAGACGAACAUUUCCUAAAAGUAAACUUUUACAACAAGGAAUCAGUAUUUGUUCCAUCUACAAUGAUAUUAAGAAGAAGAAUCCCCAACUUUGUAGACAAAUAUUUGAAUAUCAAACGUACUAUAAAGCAACCCAAGAUCAAGGAGAAAAUAUUCAUGACGAAAUGAUAGCACAGGCAACCGAACCAGAGCCUUGUCAUGAUAUUUCAAGUGGAUUUAUUCUAGCUAAUACUGAAACCAUCCAGACAAAUUUAUGUGAAUUGCACAAGGAACAUAGUAGCUUUUUCUGCUGUUCUCACGAAUUAAUAAUUUGUGUAGAAUGUGUUUGCAGUAACCAUAUCAAAUGCCCGGAUAUACUUACUGUGACUAGAGCAGCUAAAUAUGGUUUGUCCUCCCUGGUAGAUAUUACGGAGCAAAAGCUAGAUGGUUUAAAGAAAAAUGUCGAUUUCUUAAUGCAAAAACAAAUAACAAUUCUCAAAAAAGUAGACAAGCAGUGUUGUAUGCUACAGAAAACUAUGCGGGAAAUUGUAGAAAAUCGAACCUUUAAUGUUGAUAUUGAAACCGAGUCUGAAAAGGAUUUACAAAGGAAGCGGUUGCUUUGUUUCAAUCACGUGAAAAAUAUCACACGAGAAUUAAAUGAAAUAAAGCAAAAGAUAGUAUGUACUUCACAAGACCUUCAGAAUAAAAAGAGCAUAGAAAAUCAAGAUCAUGCCUUUAGCCAGUUGCACGACAUCAAAACGGAGUUAGAAAGAAUUGAAAAUCGUAUAAAUCUUAUUCAAAACAAAGUAUUUAAAUUUAAUUGGAUUUCAGAAUUAAGGAAACAAUAGAGAAUGUGUGUGAUUUUGACUUUUUGAAAGAAACAAAUUUAUCAAAAGAUAAUAACAGUCAAGAAUCGGAUUUAUACAGUUAUCUUUAAAUGUCAUUUAAUCCAUUAGGUAGAAUAGCCGUAAAAUGUUUAAUACAAACGAAAUAAAUAGAUAAUACAAAUGGCUUUUUCAAUAUCACACACGUAUCAACCCUGAACCAAUAUUAUGUCAAGAGAACUACUCGAGGGAUUAUAUUGAUGGAGGGUUGACACGGUGUGAGAAACUGCUUCACUACACAUCUCUUCUUUAUAAAUUAAUGGUCAGAGCCAUCAUAUACACUUUAUAAUAAGCCUCGAAUUGUUGUAUUUUACGUUACAUGACGUUAUAUACAGAUAAGGAGUUUGAUGAAGCGUAAGCAUCCGUGACUGAUAUUGAUAACCUGACGUCAGAUUAGGGGUUUUAUUAAGCCUUUG